AUGAUCGACUCUCAAGUGGUUUCGACUUUCGCUGUCAAGGGACUCUUACUGGGGCUCCUUGCGCUGAGCUGCACCGCAGCGGGAAUUUUCGUUCAUCGACUCUUCUUCCACCCGCUGGCAAAGUAUCCCGGUCCCUGGUUUGCAAAGAUCACCACUCUUUAUGCUGGCUAUCAUGCAUGGCGGGGUGAUCUGCAUAUUGAUAUGUGGAGAUGCCACGAGAAGUACGGUGAUUUUGUCAGAUAUGGACCAAAUAGUCUCCUCGUCAACACAGCAGCUGGACUACAAGAUAUCUACGGACAUGGGAAGAACUUCAAAAAGGCUCAGCGCUAUGCCGCCAUGGUACAUCGGGCUCCGAACACAUUGACCGUCAUCGACAAGAAGAAGCAUGGCAAGAAGCGAAGAGUCAUCAGUCAGGGCUUCUCUGAUGCAGCUCUCAAAAGUCACGAGCUUGUUAUCCUGGAACAGAUAAAACACUUGUGCACUCAGCUGAAGGCAGGCAAGGGAGGUCAGGCUGUCCCUGUCGGCGUGUGGUCGACCCCGAAGAAUAUGGGUAGAAUGACCGACUACUUUGCCUUUGAUGUGAUGAGCAACAUUAUCUUUGGUGUGCCGUGGUCAACCUUGCGCUCUCCCACAUACCGGUUCGUCCCCGAGGUCAUUGAGAAGUCCAACGUUCGAGUCGGUACUCUGGCUCAAUCGCCCGGGCUCAGUCUUUUCCGCCUAGACAAGUACCUCUUCCCCGAAGCCAUCAAGGCACGAGAUAUCUUUAUCAAAUUUGUCGACGAGAUGCUCACCCAAGGCAUCCAAGCGGCAGCCAAGACGGGCAAGGGAGUCUUCGCCACCCUGGCCAAUGCCAAAGAUCCCGAGACUGGUCUUCCGCUGCGAAACAGAGAACUGGGCGGCGAGAGCGCUACUCUGAUCGUUGCUGGGACCGAUACUACAUCCACCGCCAUGGCGGCAUGCUUCUUCUAUCUGUCACACAACCGGGCUGCCUAUGAACGUGCCGCAGCCGAAGUGCGCAACGCCUUCCAGUCCUCCGACGAGAUCCGUAUGGGUGCUCAAAUGAACCAGUGCACUUUCCUGCGGGCCUGUAUCGACGAGAGUAUGCGCAUGUCCCCUUCUGCUGCUAGCUCACUCUGGCGUGAGGCCGAGGAGGCCGGUGCUACCGUGGACGGUCAGUACAUCCCUCCUGGAGUGGAUGCUGGCACAUGUAUCUACAGCAUACACCACAACCCUUCCUAUUACCCCCAGCCCUUCAGCUUUAAGCCAGAGCGCUGGAUCGCCAGCGAGUGCCGCGCGGUGCAAGGGGAUGUCGGUCUGGCUCGCUCUGCCUUCAAUCCCUUUUCUAUCGGGCCACGCAGUUGCAUUGGCAAGAGCCUUGCAUAUGUGGAGCUUCACCUCGCUCUGGCUAAUGUUCUCUGGGCUUUCGAUCUCCGCUUGGCGUCCGGAGACCUGGGUAAGAUGGGUGAGGGUACGGAAGAUGCAGAGUACGGCCGUCAUCGGGUCGAUGAAUACCAGCUCUGGGAUCACUUGACCGCUGCUAAGCAAGGCCCUUACCUUGAAUUUAGUCCUAGAGUCUAG